CACCUUCGCUGUUUCAUAUUCGUUACUUCAGAUAGACGAAAAUGUGUUGUCGUUUGUCACUUCUUAGCGUCCGUAGCGUCCACCUCGCAGAAGGUAGUUUUUAAGGAUCAUAUUUGCUUGUCGAUAGCAGAAACAAAGGAAUGUAGUGACGAGGUCCCAUUCGACACAUCGCUUUCGUUAUUCUCGUUUAGAUUAGGCUCUUUGUAGAAGUUCAUAGAAACCAUGUCAGCAUCAUCUUUUUCUUCCCGCGCGACCAGGCCGCGGAGCCUUGAAAGCAUUCGGCAGGAGUUUUUAUGCAUUGCAAAUAUGUCUGCGUCUGGGAGGUUUGGAAGGAUGGAACUUGUCAUGCUAGUUCGGACUCAUGCAAAAUUCCGUGUUGCAUGAUUACCAAAAGCUGCCCACUUUCGACCAAGUUGCGAUGGAUAUUCUCAUGCAGGGCUGGCUUGAUGGAUUCCGCACAGAAUCUGUCAUGCUAGGUUCUGCAUUCCAGAUCUCAUGGGUCAUGCAAAAUGUGCAUGACAAGUCUUCCAAUCUUCCAGACACAGACAUUAUAUUUGCAGUUGAUAGUUUUUUGCGCAGUACCAAGUCCAGUUGCCGAAGAACCCGGAUGAAGUUUCGCAGUUCGUCACGGCGUAUCAAAUGCAAAUAUGUCUGGGUCUGGAAACUUGUGAUGCUAAAAUGUGACUGGUGGGUGGACUGCAAUACGCGGCCAAGCAUGACAAAUUUUUCAACUACUACUGUAUUUCGUUUUCCGCAUGGCAAACUGCGUUUUUGCAUGACAGGCAAGACGCCAUUUUCCUCCUCAUGCAUUACAGAUUUAUGAGUCAUGCCAGACAAGCAUGACAAACUUGCAUUUUUCCAGACCCAGACAUAUUUGCAGUUCAUACGGCGAUCACGCGAAGAGUUGGGGCGGCAGAUGAACAAGUGGGGACGUCGGGAGAACAAGGGCAACAAGGACAAGGACAUAUCAAAUGCAAAAGUGUUUGGGUCUGGAAGGAUGCGAACUUGUGAUGCAUGUUGCGGAUCAUACCAAAAUCUGUGUUGCGUGACUUGCAAAAGGUGCUCACUUCUGGUCAUGCUGAGAGGGCAUUUCUGAUGCAGAACAGGCAUCACAAAGGGGCUGCAGAUUCUGUGAUGCUGGGCCCUGCAUUCCACACUUGGUGGAGCUUGGAAAAACUGCAUGACAAAUUUCAGAAUCUUCCAGACCCACACAUAUUUGCAAUCCAUAGGACAAGGACAAGGGCAACAAGGUGGUCCUCGGGAUGCGGAUGAAACUACUCGAAGCACCACGACACGUAGAAGUCCUCGUGCACGAGGACCCGCCGGGGCACCCGCACCAAGAGGACUCGAAACUGAAACUACACAAAGACCGGCUUCUUCCUCCUCGGCUGCGUCCUCCUCUAGUAAUUCCGUUUCCAGGGUUCUUGCUGACACUGACCAUGAGUUGUUAGACCAGGUGCGGAGCGACCAGGAAAAUGAAAAUCAUCAAGAACGGGCGCCACCGGUGCUCCCAGAAGAUGAAUCUUCUCGGGGCGCCAGCACUUCUGCAACCCGGAGCGGCGAGGAGCAGGGCACAAGACCGUCCGGAAGGAGAGGCGGAAGUAGAACUACGACUGAUGUUUAUUUAGGUGCGAACAAUCCAGGUGGAGGUGGAGAACAAAGAGCUGCGCCAUCUUCGGUUGACGUUCUGGACGAGACAGCUGAGCAUGGGAGUAGUGCGAGCAGUGCAGCUGCGGGAGGAGUUCUUGUCGCCGAUUUGCCAGGAGGUUUUCCUCGUACUAUCGCGAGUCCGGGUCCUCGUGCGGCUCCUUCUCAGCACGAAAACGAACAGCUCGUGGCGGACCUUCUUCGCCAAAUCGACGAACUGAGUUCCUUGUCGUCCCAACGAGUUGAAAUAACGGCAUCUAGUAGUACCUCGCCCUCAUCUGCGGUUCAUGGUGCAGCAAUUACUAACGUUGUUCCUGCAAGGGCGACUGGGUUUGGGGUCCUGCAACAUGAAUCCGCGGUCGUGCCGGCCUCUCAGCCCGCCCCUGGCGUUGUGGUCGCGACAGCGCAUGCAGCUCUCGUGCAAGAAAACUACCCCAGCUCCCACCAUGCUUCGUCUUCUGCGUCUGAGCUGCAUCAACAUCCAGGAGGUGUUCAUCCCUCUAGUACUGCUUCUGGCCUUCACACAGCAGCAGCUCCCCCGCGACCGACCCUUUUAGCAUCGGAGCAGCUCUGCAUCGUGUGUCAGGAGAAGGAAAGGAACGCGUCCUUUGUCCACGGGAACACGGCGCACAUCUGUUGCUGCUACGACUGCGCAAUGGAGAUUUUCGGGACGUCGAAUGAUGCUGGGGCAAGACGCAGAACUGGGCAGGGAGCAUAUCGUGAGGAAAAAUCCCCCCUCCCCAUAUUGAAAAGGUAUAUUUUUGGAUAUUCGUGAUGCUGAUUUGUGGUCACAAAUCGCGUCUGUCUUGCAAGAAGACAAGGGCAGAAGCUUCCGCCAUAUUAUGCAAGCGAUUUGUCAUGUUGUUGGGCCUACAGGGGGGCCGUUUUCCAUGCUGAACGACUAGACCCAUACGCCCUACCUAGCCUGGGCAAUUGGACGCAGUGCCUCUCUGCAAUACAAAGCUGAUAUGUUGUGUACACAAAUCCAGCAUCAGAAAUUCCGUCUUGAUAUGGGGAGGGGGGAUUUUUCCUUUCGAUAGAGCAACCGCUUUGUGUCCGAUCUGCCGCACGCGCAUCGAUGCCGUGGUGAAAAACUUUCAAUCAUGAAGCAGUACGAGCGAACAGUAGAUCCCCGCACGGGAAGAAAAAGUUUAAGUUUUUUUGACGAUUCAUUUUUGACCUGAUAGAUAAAUAUCUGCAUGUUGUAGUUGUUUGUGAUAAUGCCGUUUCAACAACAUCCGUUUCUUCUAUUUUUGUGUUUCAGUCAUCGACUUCUACUUCACUUCUAACACGAGCACGACGAAUUUGUUUUGUCUACAGCCAUCAACAAAUGAAUACGAGCCGAAAUUUGAAUUUUAGAGAACAGGAUGGAUCGACAUAUCAGGUCGUAAACAUUAAACACGCUUCUGUGCAAGCAAAAGUUAAAAAAGAGAAAGAAAGACACUGUAACAAACGAAUCAUCCUCGAAUCAUGGUGACUCUGCGUGGA